CAGGUAGAGGGCCUGGAGACACCAGCCCUUGUAGAGGAGCCCUGAGGAUGGAGUCCAAGCCUUGCUCUGGAGAAGAGAGACAUUCGUGGACUCUGAGCUCAUCUUUUGUCUCUUUGUCUCUGGCUUCUAGGUCACUGUCCCCGUGUCCCUGGGCCAUGGAGUCCACCACAGCGGACUUGCAGCUGGUGCCCUCGAGGACGAAGGCUGUCCCAGCCCCUGACUCUGCAUGCUGCCGAGUGGCGGUGGUCACACUGGUGGCCACCAGUAUGGCCGUCCUCUCCCUGGGACUCCUGCUGGCCUUCCUCUCCACGCAGGGCAUCCAUGUGGAGCACAGCGCCGAGCUGCGUGGGAUCCGCUAUGCCAGUGCCCUGCAGCGGGAGAGCUCCGACUACCACCGGGCACUGACCGGUGCGCUGCAGACCCUGUUUGUAAGUAGCUUCCAGAAGACUGAAUUAGAAGCAAGCUGUGUGGGCUGCACAGUUCUCGGUUACAGGGAUGGGAACUCCAGUGUCCUGGUGAGGUUCCGGCUGUACUUCCUGCUGCGGGUCCUGCGGCCCCUGAGCCUGGACUUGGAGGGGGAGCUGUUGCAGCGGGGCAUCUGGGCAAGACUUCAGGAGCAUGGCAUCCCCUUGGCUGCCUAUGGCACCAUCGUGUCUGCUGAGCUCACAGGCAGCCACAGGGGGCCCAUGACCGGAAGAGACUUCAAAUCAGGCCACUGCCCCGGGAAUUCUUAUUCCUGCCAGAACAGCCAGUGUGUGACCAAGGUGAACCCGGAGUGUGAUGACAAGAGGGACUGCUUGGAUGGGUCCGACGAAGCGCACUGCGACUGCGGCCUGCAGCCGGCCUGGAGGACGGCGGGCCGGAUCGUGGGCGGCGUGGAGGCGGCGCCGGGCGAGUUCCCUUGGCAGGUCAGCCUGCGGGAGAACAAUGAGCACUUCUGCGGGGCCACCAUCAUCGGGCCGAUCUGGCUGCUGUCCGCCGCCCACUGCUUCAACGAGUUCCAGGACCCCGCGGAGUGGGUGGCGUCCGCGGGCACCACGCACCUGAGCGGGGCGGCGCCGGGCGCCGUGCGGGUCCGCGUGGCCCAGAUCACCCCGCACCCGCUGUACGACGCGGACACGGCCGACUUCGACGUGGCGGUGCUGCGGCUGGCGCGGCCCCUGCGCUUCGGCCGCUACGUGCAGCCCGCCUGCCUGCCCGCCGCCGCGCACGUCUUCCCGCCGGGCCGCAAGUGCCUCAUCUCGGGCUGGGGCUACCUCAAGGAGCACUUCCUGGUCAAGCCCGAGGUGCUGCAAAAAGCCACAGUAGAGCUGCUUGACCAGGCCUUGUGUACCAGCCUGUAUGGCCACUCGCUCACGGAUAGGAUGCUGUGUGCUGGUUACCUGGAUGGGAAGGUGGACUCCUGCCAGGGUGACUCUGGAGGCCCCCUGGUCUGCGAGGAGCCUUCUGGAAGGUUCUUUCUAGCCGGCAUUGUGAGCUGGGGCAUCGGCUGUGCAGAAGCCCGGCGUCCAGGGGUCUAUGCCCGGGUCACCAGGCUGCGGGACUGGAUCCUGGAGAUGACCAGUGUGGGCAGCCUCCCCCCGGCCCCCACUGUGGCUCCCGUCCCCACCACUGCCAGCACCGCCUGGCUCACCAGUCCCGUGAGCCCCACAGCAGACACCCCCACCAAGCCCGCCCUGGACCCCAGCACUGCGCCCCUGGCCUCUGUCACUGCGGCUAAGCCACAAGAGUGUGGGGCCAGACCAGCGAUGGAGAAGCCCAUCCGGAUCGUGGGCGGGUUUGGGGCUGUGCCUGGGGAGGUGCCCUGGCAGGCCAGCCUGAAGGAAGGUUCCAGACAUUUCUGUGGAGCCACCGUGGUAGCCGACCGCUGGCUGCUAUCUGCUGCCCACUGCUUCAACCACACAAAAGCCGAGCAGGUGCAGGUGCACCUGGGCAGCGCCUCCCUCCUGGGCAGCGGCGGGAGCCCCGUGAAGCUGGGGCUGCACAGGGUGGUCCUGCACCCCCGCUACAACCCCAGCAUCCUGGACUUCGACGUGGCCCUGCUGGAGCUGGCCAGGCCGCUGGUCUUCAACAAGUACAUCCAGCCCGUCUGCCUCCCCCUGGCCAUCCAGAAGUUCCCUGUGGGCCGGAAGUGCAUGAUCUCAGGCUGGGGUAACCUGCAGGAAGGGAAUGCCACCAAGCCCGAGGUCCUGCAGAAGGCAUCCGUGGGCGUCAUUGAGCAGAAGGUCUGCAGCUCCCUCUACAACUUCUCCCUCACCGACCGCAUGCUCUGCGCCGGCUUCCUGGAGGGCAGAGUGGACUCCUGCCAGGGUGACUCUGGGGGCCCCCUAGCCUGUGAGGAGACCCCCGGCGUCUUUUACUUGGCGGGCAUCGUGAGCUGGGGCAUCGGUUGUGCCCAGGCCAACAAACCAGGCGUGUAUGCACGGGUCACCAGGCUGAAGGGCUGGAUCCUGCACACCAUGUCCGCGGCUCCCCUCCCCACGCCUCACCCCUCCAGCACCAGGACACCAGCCCCCACCAGCCCCCCCCACAGGAUGACCACCCCAGAGGUCACCCCCAGCAGAGCCACCAGCCCCAAGGCCACCCGCCCUGCUGACACGACGGCCGCCUCCAGAGGCACCCCCACCCAGGAACAGACACUGCCCAAUGCCCUCCCAGAGACCACCACCCGCUCCCAGCUGCCAGACUGUGGCCUGGCCCCGGCCUCGGCGCUGACGCGGAUCGUGGGCGGCAGCGCGGCGGGGCGCGGCGAGUGGCCGUGGCAGGUGAGCCUGUGGCUGCGGCGCCGCGAGCACCGGUGCGGGGCCGUGCUGGUGGCCGAGAGGUGGCUGCUGUCCGCCGCGCACUGCUUCGACGUCUACGGGGACCCCAAGCAGUGGGCGGCUUUCCUGGGCACGCCGUUCCUGAGCGGCGCCGAGGGCCAGCUGGAGCGCGUGGAGCGCAUCUACAAGCACCCGUUCUACAACCUCUACACGCUCGACUACGACGUGGCGCUGCUGCAGUUGGCCGGCCCGGUGCGCCGCAGCCGCCUGGUGCGCCCCAUCUGCCUGCCAGGCCCCGCGCCGAGGCCUCCCGACGGCGCACGCUGCGUCAUCACCGGCUGGGGUUCCGUGCGCGAGGGAGGCUCCAUGGCGCGGCAGCUGCAGAAGGCGGCCGUCCGCCUCCUCAGCGAGCAGACGUGUCGCCGCUUCUACCCGGUGCAGAUCAGCAGCCGCAUGCUGUGCGCCGGCUUCCCGCAGGGCGGCGUGGACAGCUGCUCGGGUGAUGCCGGGGGACCCCUGGCCUGCAGGGAGCCCUCGGGCCGGUGGGUGCUCACUGGGGUCACCAGCUGGGGCUACGGUUGCGGGCGGCCCCACUUCCCGGGGGUGUACACCCGCGUGGCCGCCGUGAGAGGCUGGAUAGCGCAGAACAUCCAGGAGUGAGCGCCCACGCGGACCCGCGGGUGCUCGGGACACACCUCCCCUCGCUUGCCCGCCCAGCACCGGCCUGCCACCAGAGGGCCCCUCUUCAGAAGCGGAGACUCCGGUUCUCCCAUCUUGAGACCCCUGACCAACAUUGUUUUGCCCCAGCUGCCAGCAUAAGGACAUCCCCCCCCAGCUGGGGUUAGCGCCGCCUCUGCCUCCACUAGCAGAGCCCCCCAAACCAUCCACACCCCACAUCCCCCAAAUGUCCAGGAGCUCACCACAAACACCCCAGCCUGGAGGCGGCAGGGGCUCUAGGCUUCGGAAUAAAACCUGUGCUGACAACUUUGAGCCCCUCUCUUCCUUCUGGGCCUUUGCAAAUUAACACCCGGGGCCUCGGCUGACUCCCUGGCUCUAGCCCUCCCAGGAGCAAUGGCUGAGUUCCUGGAGGACUGCCAGACCCCGAGCUGGGGGGCUGCUGUUGUCCUGCCCUCCCCUCCAGCACUCAGUCCGCUGUCAGAGACCCCCAACCUCAUCACUGGAAGUCUGGCCUCCAGUUCUGGUGAGUGCUCCAUUCUGUAGGUCUCUCCCUGGAGUCCAGGCAUUCUGAAACCAUCCCCAAUGCCAGGUGAGGCUCCACCAGGGUGGAGUGACCUGCCCUGCCCAUCAGAAACACUUGCAGGGCCUGGCUCACUUGGGCUGCAGGACAGUUGCAGACUCGACAUCUUCCCACACACAGCUGCCCCUCACCUCCCAAAAUGCGCUGAUGACCUAAACCUUCCAGAGGCAGCCCCAUGCCUCCUUCCAAAACUUACACAAGUUGGGACUCACACUACCAAGCCUCAGUGGCUGGGCUUCUUGUGCCACAAUAUGAGCUGGACGGUGGUUCUAAAUGGCCAGAACAGGACACUUAACAUUACCAAGUUCCAUGUGACCUUGCGAACUUCAUGGUCCAAGAUCCCCUGCCUUCAGCUCCAAG